ACAUAUUGUGCAGCUAUUGUUUUCUACUUUUAUUUGUAAAUUUAUUUUUCUAUGUGUUUAUCUGUUUAAUCUUUUAGGUAAUAUUUUUGUCUGAGAGUUUACUGUCCAUUGUCUGUUCUUAACAGACUCUACCUGCUCUUUUAAUUGAUUAAAAAGUGUACCUAAGGAUAUCAGUAAAGGGAUCUGAACUAACUGUACAGAUGCCAUAGUACUGUGAGCUUAUAUGGCAUUUAAGACAUUUUAAUCCUAAUCCUAAAGUUUUGUGGUGAUAAAAAUCUUGGAUAUCUCAAAGGUUAGCAAAAAUAUAGAUUUAGUAUUUUUUAUAUAGUUCCACAUAGCUCACUACACAGUUAAUGUGCCCCAUUGAAUUCUGCUAAAACAUUUUUUUCUUUCUUCUAUUACCAUGCAAAAUGAUGCAUUCUAUAAUACCAUCAUUUAGGGCUGCACCAUAUUGGAAAAUCAUGUGAUGGCGAUAAUAUCAAUAAAUAUUGCGAUGACAAUAUCAGUUUUGAUAUAUACCUGCUUUCUUUUUUCUCAAUCUUUGCUUCCUACUAUAUGUGACCUUUAUUUUUAACUGGGGCUUAAAAUCACUACCUGUGUCUAAGAUAAACUACUUUAUUUAAGCAACAGAGAACACCAAUCAAAAAUAUGUGCAAUCGCCCAUAAAUAGAACUUUGUCUUAGUUUUGAACAAAGCCUUCCAAAGGAACUUAAGCUAAGUUGUGACGACAACUCCUUAUUCCCAUUGUGAGUUUAAAAGGAAGAGGAGGACCAACCUAAAAAACCAGAAAACUGGUGUUUGUUGUUUCGUACUAUGAGCUUCCUGUUUUCCAUAGCUCAGUAGAAAGAAAACCUCUUGUCAAUGUUUUUGUCCAUUUGAGAUUGUAGCCUUUGUGAAUGGUUGUGUUUUUUUUAAACAAUUAAAUUUUUGAUCUGUGAUUUAUAGAUGUGAACGAUAGAUGUGAGACGGUCAUUUAGUGUGGAAGUAAGAGGAGAAACAGACAUCGGAAUGCCACAGCCUGUCUUGCUGCUGCCCUUCCUUCUUGUGCUCAUAGGAUAUGCUUUUGCAGGGCUCAGUAUUUGGCCCUCUUUCCAUGAGGCCCUUAGCAAUGGGAGUGUAUUUGUGGACUUUAGCACAACAUCAAAUAACAGCACCAUCAUCAACAUGAGCCUCUCUCUAGUCAACAUGGAAACCAAUACUUCAAUUCUUUCCCGGACCCUCCCCAGCAACCAACUGGUUGGUAGGGAGGAGUUUGAUUGUUCCUGCUUCCUGUAUGCAGGAACUUUCCGGUUCCUGCUGAGGCAGACAAGCAUCACCACUGUUUUUCAUGCUAACAGAACAGAUGUCAGCAGCACAGAAAGCUCAGCCUCCUGGUGGAGCUCUGAACUGCAAGUGCAGUGGCCCACUUUUCACAUUUCUGUGGCGAAAGCACGAAACCACUCUGAAUAUUUUCAGGUUGUGUUAUCCUCUAAUGAACACUUUCAGGCUUGCUCCAGAGGCACUGACUCUGCCCUCUUCUUAGAAGUGAGUUAUAUGGAGUACAACCAGAUCGGACAAAGUACCGUUGACAAAGUUCGAGCUCAAACACGGAAACCAAUCAAGCCGCUUCGUUCGCAGAGCGUUGAGCUGCCCUGUGCUUUCCCGUUCACUGAGAGAGACUUCUUACGAGUGGCUCUGCGAUCCCCUCACACAGUACAAGAAGUGAAGGACUCUGUUCCUCUCUAUCUGUCCCGUAUUUUUUCCUACAAACUACUGGUGGAAAACGCCAGUGCUUAUAAAAGUGGCUGCAUGGGCACAAUGACUGUUAAGAUGAUAUCCCCACCUUGCACUCAUGUCAAUGGGAAAAUACUGCUAUAUAAUGCAGGCCUUGCAAGGCUGGGUGACUUAACUUCCCUGUUGAUGGAGUUUAGACCAGAGGAACAAUCUUCUUCUUUGCUUGCAUCUAAUUGGCUCACACAAGGGAAGAAUGAGACUGAAUUCAACUGCUCUGUUUUUUACCCAGGAAGAAAUAAGUAUUGCUUCCGCUAUGUUUUCAACAUCAGUCAAUCCCAUAGUCCAGCACAGACAUGUCUGGUGGUUUACAGAAGAGCAGAAUCUUGGGGACCCUGGCACCCAUGGAGUGUUUGCAGUGCGACUUGUGGAGAGGCAGUGAGGGAAAGAGUUCGAGAGUGUUUGCUGCCCUCUGGUGUGCGAGGCACGCAGUGCACUGGCAUGAUGAAGGAACAAUCUCUAUGCUCCCUGGAAGACUGUGAUAUGCUAUCUUCUCCAUCUCCAUCUCUUCCCUCUGUACCUGUGAGAGCAUCCCAGCUUGGUGGAAACAUGAUUGUGGUGUUAGGUAUUUCCCUCUGCUUGGCAGUGAUCAUGGCAACAGUUGUUGUGACUGUGUGGAGGAAGCUUUGCCAAACCCCUCAGUGUAGCUCAGUCCACAGAGGCUCCAUUCAUUCCCCUGGUGGGCGCAAACUUUCAGAUGAGGCCUCCAUCUGUGGCCAUAGCCUCCAAAGGCCCAGCCUCUCUGAUGGUCAUUGCCCAUUGGGGGCAGUUGUUCCCCAAAAAGAGAGACCCUCACUCGGAGUGCAGCCUCUCUCACCACAGGCACUGAAAUCACUUUCACAGGAUCCAGAAAGACUAUCUCCCACAGGUCAGAAGGUGCUACCACCAAUAUUUGGCUAUCGUUUGGCUCAGCAGCAGCUGAAAGAGAUGAAGAAACAAGGGUUAAAAGAGGCCACACAGAUGUACCAUGUCUCUUCAAGCCCUGUCCAUGAUACUGUGGUAGAGACCUGCGCCUCACCCACCACCACACCAAUUCCUUCACCUACUGAGUUUGCUUGUUCUGCCCUUCCCUUGGGUUUGCAGGACAAUGUCAACCACAGCCAUUUUUGUACAUCAACUCCCUUAUCUGGGACAUUGGGGGUCACAUCAGACAGACUGAGUCCAAGGGUGGAGAUAGUUUUGGGUCCUCCUCCUGUCUCUGGGAGGAGCUCUAAAUGGCGUGACCGCACAGCUGACUGGGUGGAGAUGGUAGAGAGGAGCAAGAUGCCCAGUCUUAGGGGAGAAGGAGAUGAAACAUCGGCAAAUAGUUUCCACAAGAAUCCAAACUUCAGACGGACCUCCAGUUUUAGUGACACCAAACUCCUUUCGACUUCUUCGGCUCAGUCCACGCAGUUUAGAGAAAGGAGCAUGACCCAGGUGGGAUCGCGGACGCUUCCAGAAGGAAGUUCUUGGACCAAAGAAAGAUGGGAGAGACAGCCUCACCCGUCGUAUCCCAUCCCAGAACAUAGAGUCUCAGACUGGAGUACUACCAAACCCCAGAGUAAUGAGCAGAGGAAGGUUUGGAUGGGGACAGCACAUAAUAGUCAAGUCAAGCACACUGGAACAAACACUAACAAUAUUUCAACAUCUGAGAAAAAUGCUAAAGACUUUAGUGGCAGAGGUGAAAGAAAGGGGCUUGCCGACCCUGACGGCAGAGGUGGAGGGUUGGUCUCAGGGAUUGGUGGUCCAUCCCUUAGACAUCCCUGGUCUCAUGAGGUGAAACAGCUGGGUGUAGACCGAGCUGAGCGGGCUGAGCAGAACUGGAACCGCCGUGGCCCAUCACCUAUCCAAAGGAACAUCCUGGCCCGGAAACUGAAAGAGGCUCAGUCCUGCUCUGGAGCCAAGGGACGCCAGCGCAGUUCCAGCUUUAACGUCUCAUCAUCUGAUCGAAGGAAAGAUUGGUGCAACUCUCUGCCAAUGUCUAGAGACCAGAGCAGCAGCGGUGGCUCCCCCUAUAGGCUAAGUGAGGUGGAACAAAGGAUGCUGGACUUAGAUCUAUCCCCAAAUUUUGUACAGGAGAAGCAGUAGAAAGUCAGUUAUUUUUACAAUAUUAUGUUAACAAUUUAUAUAUGUUGAAAGAACAAAUAGAACAACUAACUCUUUAACAUUUUUAAUGCAUUGCUUUUAAUAUUUCCAUGGUAUAAUGAGCACAUUCACCCUUCUGCAAGGUUAAACACCAGCUAGAUUGGUGAUAGAUUUCAAGAUGCAA